AUUUUUACAACGCCAUCCUAAUUUUUGAACUUUGGAAAAAAUGGCAACCCUAAAAAUAUUUUUGAACUAAUCAGCCUACUGACAACAAGUAAACUUGAAAUAUUGUGUAACUUAUUUAUAUCCCACAUGUCCGCUCAUGUCUUCAAGUAUUUGCCGACGCUUGCACGAACUACAGCGGUGAAAGUACAUUUUCGAGUCCUCCCUUCACAGUGCAGAAUGACCACUUCAAGUUUUGAACCAGGCAAACUGAAAGUAGUUCAUGACACAGAAGGACAGGAAUUUUACAUAAAGCUUCAGGGUGGCAGAGAUGAAGACAGUAAAGCAGUAUUACAGUACAGCUAUAUCAAGCCAGACUAUGUUGACCUUGAACAUACAGUGGUACCGUCUCAAUUCAGAGGACAUGGAGUAGCAAAAAUAUUAGCUGAGACAGCAUUUGAUCACUUUGUUGAAAAAGGAGCUCUGAUUCGACCUACCUGCACAUACCUACAGAAAUUCUACAAUGAUAAUCCACAUCCUAGAUAUACAGAAAAAGUGAAAUGGGACUAGUCAGUUUUGUAAUAGGUUGUUAAUGUUUAGAUUAAAAAGAAAUAUUGUAAUAA